AUGUCGCAGAUCCAGCCCCGCCCCUACCCCUGCCGCCGAUUCCACUCCGCCUGGGUCGCCGCCCGCCGUCGUAUGGGCGGAUCGGGCCGUCGCCGCACCGUGCCGCCCAGGCCCCGUCCGCCUCCGCUCCGCCCUGGCCCCGUCCGCCUCAGCCCCGCCCGCCUCCGCCCUGCCCCCCGGUUGGUCCGCCUUCGCUCCGGCCUCCGCCCGCCCCCGCCUGCAUCGCACGCCGCCGCCGACUGCCCUCGCCCGCACCGCAUGCCGCGCCCCGCUCCGUUCGCCUCCGCCCCGCGCCGCACGCCGCCGCCCGCUCCCUACUCGGCCGCCGCCCCGACCUCUCUCCACCCGCCACUGUCCCGACUCGCUCCGGUCGCCGCCCGGAAGAAGACUCCGAAGGAGAUCUCGAUCCCAUCGUUACUAGCCGCCGGGUCGUCGGAGCCAGUAGCUGAUAAGGCGUGA